ACGGAGAAAAGAAUGUUACUUUAUCGAAAGAGCAAUAAGGCGUGGAACUGCGGAAGGGUGUGUUGGGAUUUUGGACCGAUGUGCUGGCUGGUAGCUGAGUCUGAGUGGCAGGUCAUUGCCGUUGCCGCUGAACCCUGAAUGAUAUUGAACCUUCCGUACACAUCAAUCUCACCGAUCCAUAUAUCAACUUUCAAUUACAACCAAAAAUUCUACUUCACUCUUCAGCCCCUUUUCCGUGUAACAUGAGGUAAGUUGGAGAUGGCAGACUUACCAGGAUAUUUGCGUUCUUGCCUGAGCAUGGGAAAACUUGCCUUUUUGGCAAUCUUGGUCUCUGGGGGAAUUGUCUUGCAAAUUUUGGCAUGUGCUUUGUAUAAUAAUUGGUGGCCGAUGCUAAGUGCUAUAACAUAUGUGCUACUCCCAAUGCCGCUGCUGUUCUUUGCGGGGUCUAAUGGUUCUUCUGUAUUUUCUGAAUCUGAUAGCAGCUGGGUGAAUUUAGCCAAGUUCUUGACUGGAUUCUCAACUAUUGGAAGCAUUGCCAUUCCAAGCAUUCUAAAGCAUUCUGGUGCUAUUGGUUGGGGAGCCUUUGCAAUGGAGCUUUCAUCUUUCUUCGUGUUUGUAUUAGCCAUAUUGUGUUUCAUGGGAAUGAGUGAUGAAGAUGACUAUUACAGUAUGAUAUGAGAUGGAAGUCUACCAGGCAUAAUUUCAUGUGUAAAAAUGGAUUUAUUCUUUGUGCGUGCUAUUGGUUCUCUUGCUUUUAUAAGCUUUCACCUAGACAUUUUCCCGUUUCAAACCAUUGAAAUUGAAUGCCAUUACCAUGUUGCUGAAAAUGAUUUCCAAACCUCAGUAACUGUGGGGGAGCUUUCGGCAAACUUGACGUACCUUGUAUAUGUAUGUAUGAUUUACGGUCAGUUGAGGAAUGAGGCAACAGUAUUAUUAUCAUAAUUGAGUUAUACUUGUUUA